CCCGCGGCGCACGAAAUAAUGUUCCCGAAAUGUUAAUUUCUCGAUUUUUCAUCAGCGUGUCAUUUCGCGCGGAACCGCUGGCGGAGCAGACGACAUUCCCGUUUCAGCUUGUCAGGAAACACUUUUCCGUCGCAGGGGGUCUUGAGGCAUUUCUGAUGCGGAGUGAUCAAUGUUGCAUGACAAAUUGAACACACUCCUUCGAUUUCGAUUUCUCAGCCGGAGUCAAGACAUUCGACGUCAAACCUUUCGAACCCACUCGGCCUUCGGACAACCUUUUCGUCUCCGCGAACGUCGUCCACCUCUUUCUAUUAAAUCUCAUUCAAACCACUCAGCUCAGACAAUAAUUUCAAAACGAUAUCAUGUCGGGAAAUAACAAUUACGCGGUCGUGCUCAAUUUCUACGAGAAGGUCGACCCGCCCCCGAAUUUCAAGGACUUCGUCGAGGGAUGGCACAACCUUGGGAAAUUCGUCAGAAAGCUGGAAUACUUCGUGGCAACGCAGCUCCAUCGGAAUGUCGAUUCGAACGGUAAAUUCAAAUACAUGAACUAUGCCACGUUCAACGACACAAACCAAGUGGUUAUAAAGGACAUGACACAACCAACCCCAGAACUACUCCAAGCUUUAGGAGAGAGUCAUGGCCCGCCAGGUCUACAAACGAACUAUCCGGGAGGAUACCACGAAGUCAUCACAAGCGGAGGAGCCAUUGCCCCGGAUCUUCCGGCGAAUCCGGCAUCGUGUUUCCUCAUCUCGGCCUUUAGGGCUUCAUCAGACAUCGAUUCACUCGACGUCGAGAAGGAGGUCGAGCUCCUAACAGGCCUCGACAUUAUCAAGAACGCGUCAUCGUCCAGCGGCAAAUUCCAAGUCGGUCCAUGGGCCCUCUACAAGCGAUUCACGCCCGCCAUCCCGUUCCAGCCCUUCGACUUGGUCUUCCGCCUCGAGCUCCAGGGCCUGGACUCGGACCUGGAACCAGCCAAGAAGCUAGUCCAGGAACUCAACAAGGCCCCGACGGUGGAAGGAGUCGAGCGCUCCUGCACGGAAUUAUACCAAAUCCAAACAAAAGAUGUCGUCGUGCACGAAUGAAAAUAUAGAGCGCCAGCUUGUGCUGUAUAACAGUACAGGUUUCGCGCCGACGAAUCGCAGUGUUAUUGAGCGCUCCAACAAAUAGAUAAUAAUCAUAAUUAUACGCUUUGUACGAUGCUGGUUGCACGCGAGAAAACCCACAGUGAAAAUUCUAUUUGCA